AACCUAAAUUUAGAUGAAUGUAGAGCACAAAACACAUAAAAAGGUAUAAAAAGCGGAGAACAGACGGUUAGUAAAGUUUAUGAUAAUGUCAAUAUUAUGCAAUUAAUUGGUGCGAAGCACGCCCAACUGGUUUGGAUCAAGGAUUUUGGCGUUCAGUGAGACUAUAGUGCGAUAAGAUGGAGAUGUCCUCUUCGGAACAGCUCGAGCCGGCUGGUUCUGGCGCUGCCAGUCCUGGCAGAAGAGCGGCUGUUCCUAAGAUCCCGUUGGCUCUGCGGCUGUGGAGCCUGCUGCAGCCACUGGCAAGGUUGUGGGGAUUGAUCACGGCUGUUGUGAUGAGUGGCGCCGGUUCCGAACUCGUGGUGCUAGGGCGUGGGGCAUCAGGGCCGGGCUUGAUCGUCGGAUCAGCAUGCGUGCUCAUACUGGAGACGAUGUGGGUCGCGGCGCUGUUCGUGGACGUGAUAUGCCGCCGCGGGGAAUACACGCUGCCGCUGCGGUGCUGGGACUUCGCGCGCUGGUCGUGCGGCCGCGCGCGCGCUCCCGCGUACGCGUGCGCCGCCACCGCGCUGCUGUUCGCUGACCUCACGCUGCUCGCCACUAUAUCAGGUGGCAUGCUGCUGGUAUUAGCGGCGCUCCGAGCCGCAAUACCCUUCUCGCCUAACGCGACACACGGGCCGCACUCGCCCCGCGCCGGUAGCUCCCUGCUCAGUCAGCUGGACUCGCCGUUGCCUGAUGUGUUCUACUCACAGGCUGUAAAGGAGAGGUGUGAAGAGAUGACAGUGUUGGACCUAAAGGUACCCGACAGGCCUCGCUCGCCUUCGCCCAAGCCCCCCCUUCUAGAGCUAUGACUCAAUUCUGCUCAAUCGUUACUAUGAAUUUAUGCUUUUCUCAUUGCCAAGUCUCCACACAAUU